AUGGUAGACCCGUUGGAGGAAAUAGGAGUGGAUAAAUGGUCUUUACAAACACGGAAAAAGUUGAAAGUGAGUAAGUUAUACUUGAAAACAACCUACAGUGAUCACUGUCGAGAGGAAAGCGCCUGUUCCAGAGAUCACUGUAGAGUUUUUGCUUUAAGCGAUCAGGGCAUGACAUGCCGAUAAUUUCGAUAAUCGUUGGCAAUAAAAGUCAAUAAUAAUUAAUAAACAAUUAUCGGAAAUCGAUAAAAGUCGAUACAAAAUUUCUUGUGAUUAUCGAUUUUGAUCGAUCUUUGGUGUUAGAGUUUGAUUUCAAUCGAAAAGUAUCAAAAGAUAAAAAACGAUCAUAUGUAGAGCCAUGUAUGUUGCAAUGUUUUAUUUUGCACUGUAACUAGAGCUGAGUAGAGAGCUACAGCAAAGCGAAUUUAUUAUUCUUAGUAGCCUCUGUUAUCUUCCCAGUAAAACCUCCAAUAUGAAACAACUCACCCCAAUGCAUCACCGAAAUUAUUUAGAGGUCGAACACAAAAGUAUUGGCAGAUGUACUCCAUUUGCUCCUCGUCAUCAUGCUGCACUCUUUCCGAACCCCUACGCUUAUCAAUGCAAUAAAGUAAUUCGUAACAAAACAUACCAAAUUUCUUCAGCUCUGUUUAUGUGUAUCAGAACGUACGCUUUCGAGUUGUAAGCUAAACAAAUAUACAGUGUUGCAAAGUCACUACUUAACUAUCCACAAAUAUUACCCUAGCGCUGUCAAUUUGAGGACCCAAGUCUCAUCAUCAGUGAAGGAUCAAAUGAUCAGUCUGUCCUGAAUAAGUUUUCAUGGGCUGAGUCUAAUAAAUGUGAGUAAUUUUCUCACAAAAAAAUGUCAUAAAAUUCACCUGGAUGAUUAGCCAUGAAGACACCAGUGCAAUCCAAACCUGAAGUAACUGAAUGAUUGUGAGACAGAACCCUUCAUUUUAUGCAAUGCUAUAAAUUAUGAUGAUCACUGAAAUAAUUUUUUGAAGAAAGAUGGCAUCUAAGUGUAUUGCAAAAGCUUCCAGAAAAAAAAAUACGUGCAAAGGAGUUACAAAAGGCGCUCCUUUUGUUCAUCAUAGUAAAACAGAAAGAUUGGGCCAUUGAUGAAAGUACAUGUGGAACAACUUUCAUACGGAGACUGGUACUCAGAGGAUGAAAUGACAUGACAUUUGUUGCUCUGGUCAUAAUAUUCAUCACGCAAACUCACUCUAGCAUGACAAACUUUCUCUAUCAGGUCAGCUUUCUUUUCAAUGGUCUUAUAGGUAAGGUUCAUGUCGUCAAGGACUUCUUUUAGGAGACGAACCAUCAUAUCCUCCGGUGGGCCCAUUUUUCUUUUUCUUCUUCCUGUUUUUUUAAAGUUUCUUCCUUACGUAUCUGUUUCUCUUCCACUUUUUCUAACUGGGCCAACAUCGCCCCAAGACCUUCAGCAUUUACGUCUAAACACCAUUGCUGUUAACCCGUGAAAGCGAUUCAGCGACUUAGAGCUGACAACUCUGGACAGCCGACUCUAGCCGAGCGAAUAGCUGUAAAUGAAAGGUACUAUUCCCAUGAUUAUCUUAUUUAAAAACAACGCGUAAACUAUCAUAUAACACCCGAUAAUAACAAUAAUAAAAAAAGCCCCUUGUAAAGCCACAGAGGUGCCUGAUUUGUUUGCAGAAGUUUCUUGCCACUGUUUUGUAUACAACAUUUGUAAAUUAUUAUUUCAAAUGAGCUUCAGCUUAUAUUCAGUUGUUAAAAUUUUCUUUUUCUAUGCGAUGAGGUCACGCGAUGGUAUGUGGAGCUGUAUUUCUACAUUUUUUAUUUUUUUUGUUGUUUACCUAUUCAUUUAUUACUCUAUAUAUUAUUGAGCUAUUUUGUAAAAAAUAGCUCAUAAGUCAGUGGUCGGGUGAUGUGUCUUGGUAUGGUUGUAUCUUUGUUUGUAUGUUGCACUCAGGGUGAUGGACCAGUAAGGGCGAAGAUUUUAUAGCCGAUAAGAUAACGAAGGAACCAAUGAGAGCUCGGUAUCUACACCAAAAGUUGAUCGUUCUAUGUGCUUAUGUUCUACAUUACAGAUUGGUUCAACAACCAAAGGAGAAAAGCAAAGCAGGGCCUGUACAAGCCUGGACAAUAGUGGUGGAUCCGGUGUACAACAAUAACCGGCAAUAAUUGAAUAAAAGUUAAUUACACCUGAGUACUUUGUCUGGAUUUGUUUUUAUGUAUCGUAGCAUUUUCCUGCCAUCUCAGGGCCCUUUCAAAGAUAUAUACAUAAGGUGUAUUCCGGUGCUGACCAAAACAAUUUCGGAGCAGGACCAGAAAAAAUUGCAAAGCGACAGAAGUGAUAUUGAAUGCGAGUGGUGCAAACCAAGGCGCAUUUCUUCAGAUUUCUUGAGGUAAACAUUCGGUUGUGGAUUGAACAAGCUAACUUCUGCUUUUUUCAGGUUUUAAUGCAACUUUAUUCAGCUUUAUUGCCAUUAUCAGCACCAUACAACUUUUUCACUCACGAUGCUUAUACAAAGUAUCUUCGUGCCCUUGACAUGUUGAUGUCAAUAGAAAUCAAUAAAAGUCGAUACAAAUCGAUAGCCAGCCCUGAGAACCUUGUGAUUAUCAACUUUUAUCGACAAAUUAAACUAAUCAAUCGACAAUUAUCAACAAUUAUCGAGCACUAUUGACUUAUCGACUAGCUUUCCGAUGAUCGAUUUCGAUCGACAUGUCAUGCCCUGAGCGAUGCUGGUUAUCAAAGCGUCUGUAAGCAUGAGCAUGACCAUGCAUGUCAAGAUUAUGAGGUGCUACAGGAUGUAAUUCAAGAAAUCCAAUGCUCUAUUUCUGAGCACUCCUCUAAGAUAAACGACAAAGGGAAAGAAGACAAUCUUUGAUGUGAAGCAGACAUUGCGAAGAUAAGGGUCAAGGAGUGGAAGGCACAUAUAAUGCGGGCACAGAAUCAAGAAGAAAGUAAGCAAAACAUUUUUCUUUCUUUACAGGAGAACAAGGUCUUUAUAAUAUUAGACUGGGCAAUGAAGUUUACACAACCAAAGUUUCAUGAAAAGCAGUUGGAAGGAAUUGGAAGGAGGGGGAUUGACUGGCACAUAAGUUGUGUUAUCAGCAGGAAAGACGACAGGCUGGAAGUCACCUCUUAUGCUCACUUGUUUAACAGCUGUACUCAGGACUGGUUCUCAGUACUAUCGAUUAUCGAAAAUCUAAUGUCUCUCAUCAUACAAAGCAACCUAGGUAUCACAUCACAUCACAUCAGAUCAGAUGACGCUGGCUGCUAUCACAACAGCAGUCUCAUAGCAUCCUUAAGAGAUAUUGGAGAUCGUCAAGGCAUUGAGAUCGUGAGGUGUCAUCAUUCUGAGCCCCAGUAUGGGAAAGAUUUCUGCGACAGAAUAUUUUGUGUCCGAUGAAAGCCGCAAUUAGACAUUAUUGCCAUGAAGGCUACAAUAUCAUUACCACGCAUGAUAUGCAGAUUGCCCUAGACAAAAGACCAGUUCAGGGAACAACAGCAUCAGUUUUUUGUGUUAACGAAGAGAAAAAAAACAUGAAAAUGAAAAAGAUCGCUAAUUCUAGUUCUCAACACAAUUCUACGUUUAAUUCCGAUGAUCUUCGAGCGUGGAAAACUUACAAUAUCGGAGCUGGUAAACUGAUUUCAUGGGAGAGUAUCAGACUUUGUCCCCAGGAAGCAACAAGCCUCAUGGAGGAAACACUGUUCUUUCCAACCUCAACAAGAGAAAUGAACAGAACAACCAAUCAACAGAAAAAAGAUGACGAGGAUGAGGACUCAAUUGAAUGUCCAAAUCCUCAAUGCAUGGAGGAAUUCCACAGCCUCACCGAGCUGGAAGCUUAUCUGAAUGUUACAGGACAUCACAGGCCAGCAGAGCAAGUGAGAAGCGGACUUUAUAACACACUAGAAAUUGAUUAG